GGCGGAAGGAGGGAGGGGUCUGAGCUGCUCCGGGAAACCAGAGGUUUGAUGCAGCCUCCGCCGUGUCCAGUCAGGCUGUCUCCAGACCGCGAUGGCUAUGGGUCUAACGUCGAAAAAAUCGUCUUCUAGAAACAGCGGCGUGGAACGCAAGAAUCUCAUCACCGUCUGCAGGUUUUCUGUAAAGACGUUGUUGGAAAAGUACACUGCUGAGCCUAUUGAUGACUCAUCAGAGGAGUUCAUCAACUUUGCGGCAAUUUUGGAGCACAUCCUCAGUCAUCGUUUCAAAGGUCCGGGUGGUUGGUUCAGUUCAGAUGGCCAGAGGAGUUUCUGGGACUAUAUCCGUCUGGCCUGUAGUAAAGUCCACAACAACUGCAUCUGUAGCAUUGAGAGCAUUGAGAACAUUAGCACGUCACGAGCAAAGGGACGAGCCUGGAUUCGUGUAGCUUUGAUGGAGAAGCGUUUGUCUGAAUAUGUAGCAACUGCGUUAAGAGACACUCGGACUACAAGGAGAUUUUAUGAUGAUGGUGCCAUAAUGCUAAGGGAGGAGGCUACUGUUCUGACGGGGAUGCUAAUUGGACUCAGUGCCAUUGACUUCAGUUUCUGUCUAAAAGGAGAAGUUUUGGAUGGAAAGACACCUGCAGUGAUCGACUACACACCUUACCUGAAGUUCACCCAGAGCUAUGACUACCUGAGUGAUGAAGAAGACCGCCGCAGUGUGGACAGCAGUGCCAGUGAUGAGAGUGUAGCUGAGCAUCCUUACAUUCCUUUGGUCACAGACGAAGAGACCUGGAGCAACAAAUGCCAAAAGAUGGAGCAAAGAUUCAAGAUUGUCCAUGCCCAAAAGGGUUAUUUAGAGGAACUGGUCCGCUUGAGGGAAUCCCAGCUGGAAAAUGUAGAAACCGAGAACAAGAGGCUAGAUGCUAAACUAGAGGAACUACAGGUCCAGAGUCGACAAGAGAAGAAAGAACUGGAGGCCAUUGUACUGGAGCUACAAGCACAACUCACUGGAAUAAUUCCUCGUGAGUCCUCUCAUUUGGUAAAAGGACUGUCUAUUCCGUUCAUUAACCAGUGCACAAGUGCACAACCCACCAACAACAAAGGAAAUGUAAAGCUGUUCCGUCGAAGAAGUUUUCACAGUUUGGACCUCUCAGCUGAUGUGAGUUUGACCUCUGACUCUCAGAAGGAAGACGACAAUCCGAAUGGAGACACGGCCUGGUCAGCAGCUAAAGACAACACUCCCUCUAUGCUCGGUCUAUGUGGUUCUUUGGCUUCUCUACCCAGCUGUAAAUCACUGGCAAGUCUCAAAUCCAGUGAGUAUUUGGUCAACAUCAGCACAGAGCCUAGUCCUGCCUUGUCUCCUAGCUAGGGGGCGCCAACUUCUCAGUCUCAGCUGUACUUUCCUCCAAGAAACACCACCUCUGGCCUAGCAACAUCCUUCAAAAAGUAAAGAUCCCAGUGAGCUUAAAAAUCCAUGAAUGACAACCCCUCCAUCUUAUUUUCCUGUCUUUACUUGCCAAUCUUGCCAAUUUAUUAUUCACUCUUGUCUUCCAUCCUUUAGUGCAGUCUUCUUCAGCAUGUUUGUGUCUGUAACAUUCCCGAGCCUGAUAUUACAGCCCAAAGGCACAGCAGCUUA